CUACUUAACGACAAAUGCGAUUGAUUAAUUCCGAUAGAAAAAUCAGCCGAUUAAGUUAAUCGGCGUUGGUGCAAGUGGCCCUAAGCCUUAAAUCGUAAGAAAUUAACCAAUCACACAACGUAUGCGAAUGCAUUGGAUUUUAAUCGUGCAUUGGAUAUCGGACGCAGUGUAAUGUAACGUGGUGCAAUGUGGUGUAAAAUAUGAAUUCUGCAUGAAUGGCGGAUUCUCCUUAGCGCUUAGCAUUUUUUAAAUAUACAAUUGUAUACAAUAAGCAGAAAAUAAUUACUAUUAGAAAAGACGAUAAAUGCAAGAAUUUGCAUAAAUGGGCGACUCUCUUCGACGAGAGGUCUUGCGAGUUUUUAAGAAACUUCAUAAAACAAGAUUAAAGACAUUUGAAGGCGAUGAUUAUGCAUUGCAAGUAGUGAGGAGUAAGAUAAACGAAGAAUACAGAAAGUAUAAAAAUGUAACAAAUCAAGCAGCAAUUGAGGAGUUAAAUAAAUUUGCGCAGGAAGUUGAACAUGAGAUACGAACAACUGUUAUACAGGCGGUCGAAACGGCACCUGGAAAAGUCGCGUUGCGACUUACUCCAGAUGUCUUGGUGGACAAUGUGCCAUAUAAAGAUCAGAAAGAUAAAAUCACAGAGAGUAAAGCAGACAAAAAAACCAAAGACUAAAAUUAAGCUGAUGAUAACAUAAUAUUGAAAGAUAUUGACCCAGAUGAUUCCGGCAAAUGGCGACGAACCUGGGUUAAAAUCCGCUGCAAUUGAAAACGCUAUUAGCGUAGACGGGUCGGAUACAAGUGGACAGGGGCGGCGCGACUCACUGUAAAGGCCGUGACACAGGCUUUUGCGUAGCUGCAUAAUCGUUUGCAUAAGGAAGUUGACGUUAGCACAUGCAUAAGGAAAUGUGCCAAUCAAUUUCUUUAUGCAUACGGUUAUACGGGGUACCCCCACUACAUGAUUUUAGCACAGACUUGAACCAUUUUUAUCGACAGUGUUGCAAAAUGGAUAUAAUUUUAGUUCAUAUUUUGGCCUAAAUGGAUGUGCGUCGUUAGUGCGCUAUAUUUAUUGUCAAAUAUCGAGAAGACCGUGAAAUCUUCAAGUUUACAUUAUAAUAAUGAAUGUACGCCCGCAAAUAAUAAAAUUUAAUGCAAGUGGGCUUAUUUAAAUAUCAUUUGCAAGUUAAAAGUAGCACACACAAGAAAGGAAAGGAGGGAGAGGGAGGGGGCAUUCGAACAAGUUUGAGCACGUUUACUCACGCACCAUUCCACACGGCGAUCAGCUUACUGUUUUCACGACAGUUCAAUUAAAAUUUGUCCUCUAUCCGGGUCUAUCCCUUGAAGUUUCACAUUUCACCAUAUUCGCACUAUUUACUCACUUGAUCGAUAAACGCGGACGAUGCGACAAACCGAUCGAUCGAUUUUAUUAAUUAUUAUUAAUCAUUAAUUAUCACUACAAUCAUUCGACGCGUUAAAGUUACUCGAAGAAACACGUGUUUACGUUACACACAACACGUGUUCACUCGACGAUGGGUGCUUUCCAGCUACAACACAAGUCUUCUUUUUCCGAUUGAAUUAGCACCCGUCCCCAGUGACUCGUAGGGCGAGGAUGAUUUAACCAUUAACUUAAAUUCUAGCUUUCGAGGCUCAGAACGAUGUAUAAGCUAAUGUAGUCGUGUCCGGCGGCCGAUUGUGAUGCAAUUGACAGGUUCAAAAACAUAAGUAACGGGCGAACACGUCCAAACUUGAAGGACGCACGAUGGCGACACAAGUCGACACGGGGGUGAAACUAAUAUCGUGGUUUCCGAUAACAUGG